UGAGUGAGGAAGAGGAUGGCUGGAAUGGCGGCGCUGCAGGGGGCCAUGGGGGCGCUCUCCAUCUCCGCGCCCGGCGCCACGGCGAGCACCAGCGCCUUCUGGGGGAACCCGCUCGCCACCUACUCCGCCGCGCCGUCUGGGGUCAGGUUUAUGGUGAAGACUAGCCCAAUUGAAAUGAGGCUUAAGCGAUGGGAACGGAAGAAGUGCAAACCAAACAGUCUUCCUAUGCUGCACAAGAUGCAUGUUAGGGUUGGCGACACAGUACAGGUCAUUGCAGGCCGUGAGAAAGGUAAGGUUGGCGAAGUCGUACGGCUUUACAAGCACAACAGCACUGUGAUAGUGAAGGACCUGAACAUGAAGUCAAAGCACAAGAAAGGAACAGAUGAUGAACCGGGUGAAAUUGUCAUGAUCGAAGGCCCCAUUCACAGCUCGAACAUGAUGCUCUUCUCGAAGGAGAAGAACGUGACGAGUAGAGUUGGGCACAAACUCCUCGAGGACGGCACCAAGGUUCGCUACCUGAAGAAGACUGGCGAAGUAAUUGACAGCGUCGAGAACUGGGCGAAGGUGUUCAAGGAAGGAGAUUCAGAGUAGUUGUCAUAGCACGGAAAUGCUGUGCAUGCUCUGAGCUCUGCUUGUAUUACUUUUUUAGCUUCAGAGUCUUUCUUGUAAAUUACGACACAGUUGUCACCAUUUUUUGCAACGCAUGACAUGCUUGGCCCUUUUACCGGUUGGAAUGGCUCUGUUUCAUUCCGGUCGUUUGGCAUGAAUCGAAAUGUGUUUCUGUUUA